UAUAAUUAUUACAGUAUUUGAAAGUGUUAGGUUAGGACUUAAGUACAAACCUCUAAAAAGUUUAUGUUAUGCAAAUUUUAGUGAAACUGUCAUAUAUGUUUGCUGGACCAGCAAAGGCAAUGGAUAUCGAUAAAGGCAAUGAAAAAUACGAAGAAAUACUGCAGCAAGGCAUAGAUUCCCAGAAAGAAUUGCAAAAAGAAUUAACCACCUCGUUAGGUCUAGUACGUACAGCAAUGAGAAAAUUUGGUUGGACAUGUGAUUCAAAGGAUGCAUUUGCCUUGACUGGCUUUUUAGAAAUUCAACAAGAGAGAAUAAGCCUAACUAGUGAAGCUAUAAUUCUAUCUAUGAAUCUUGUAUUAAAUCCAGACUAUACAAAUUAUAGAAAUUCUAAACUGAUGUGUCGUUUGAAGGGUGUGUACAGAAGUAUAUUACACCCAGAUGAGUUUACAGUAGAAGCUGAAGUUGUUGAUGAUAAGUGUCAUCUAACUGGUAUAGACAACAAAUUACACGAAAUCAGUGUCUUUGGGCUUGACCUAUCAGAAACACAUCAUUAA